AUGUCGCUUCACGGGGAAAAGUCCGGAGACCCCCAUGUGGAAAAAACAAUCGAUGAAGAAGCCCCCCACCAAAUCAAUGCCAACCCAGUUGGGCGAGCAUGGAUGUACAAGAGCUUAAAGCUUGGCCCCCUGACUCUGCCUUACUAUGCUUCUCCCGCUACCCAGCUUCUCCUGGUCUCCUUCGUCUGCUUCUUGUGUCCUGGUAUGUUCAACGCGCUUAACGGCUUGGGUGGAGGUGGCCAGCAGGACGCCCACGCUGCCAACCAGGGAAACACAGCUGUCUACAGUACCUUUGCCGUUGUUGGUUUCUUCGCCGGUUCCAUUGCUAAUCGUAUUGGUCUGCGCUUUACCCUCUUCUUUGGUGGGUUUGGUUACUUCCUCUACGUUGGCUCCAUGUUGUCGUAUAACCACAACCGUAACCUGGGCUUCUUGACUUUUGGCGGUGCCUUGUUGGGCGCCUGUGCUGGUUGUCUGUGGUGUGCUCAGGGAGCGGUUAUGAUGAGUUACCCCGAAGAGAAGUCGAAGGGUAAAUACAUCUCGUGGUUCUGGAUCAUCUUCAAUCUGGGUGGUGUCAUUGGAAGUUUGGUCCCCCUUUUCCAAAACCUACACAACAUCUCAGGAAAAGCCGUCGGCGAUGCAACCUACAUCGCCUUUAUGGUCCUCAUGUUCACAGGUUUCGUCCUCUGCAUUGGUCUCGUGGAAGCCAAAUAUAUCCGCCGCUCAGACGGCUCCCAAGUUAUUGUCAUGAAGAACCCAUCCUGGCUUUCCGAAUUCAGGGGUCUCUGGCAAGUGCUCCGAACAGACUACUACAUCGUUUUGCUGUUCCCCAUGUUCAUUGCCUCCAACUGGUUCUACACAUAUCACUUCAACAACGUCAACAGCGCCAAGUUCAACAUCCGCACCCGUGCGCUGAACAGCUGCCUCUACUAUCUCGCCCAGAUGGCCGGUGCCGGUACGUUUGGCUACAUGCUCGAUAUGAGGUCGCUGCGCCGCACUACGCGUGCUCGUCUUGGUCUUGGUCUUCUCUUCGUCAUCACUAUGGCUAUCUGGGGUGGUGGAUAUGCCUGGCAACGCGGCUAUACCCGAGAGCAAACUGCACCCAAGGACUCGCCACGUAUCGACUGGGAAGAUAAGGAUUAUGUUGGUGGCAUGUUCAUGUAUAUCUUCUAUGGCUUUUACGAUGCCGCUUAUCAGACCUGUGUGUACUGGUUCAUGGGCGCCCUCACCAACAACAGCCGUAAACUAGCCAACUUUGCUGGCUUUUACAAAGGUCUCCAAUCCGCCGGUGGUGCCGUUACCUGGCAAAUCGACGACAAGAAGGUCUCCUUCAUGGCCAGCUUCGCCAUCAACUGGGGACUGCUCUGCGGCUCCAUCAUCAUCGCACUCCCCGUCAUCCUGUUCAAGAUCAAAGACACCGUCGAUCUGGCGGAGGAUAUCAAGUUCUCCGACGAGACGAUCGAGGAUGUUGCGCCAACGUCUAUGUUGGAGGAUCAUGGACUGUCGGGUGCUCAUGCAACUGGGAUCGAGAAGAUGUGA